AUGACUGUUGCUACAUACGGGAUGGUGAUUUGUGGUACCGACGAUUUACAUCACCGCUAUCGCGGCAGAAUAGAAAAGUAAGUUUCUAAAAUAAACUUAUUUUAUCGUAUUAUAUCCUUACAACAUCAUGUAUUUAAAAAUUAAAACUUUAGAGUAAAAUUUGGAGUCCCUAUUAGCGAGGCCUUCAGUCACGACAUACCUGCUACCUUAUUGGUAUUGCUUCUUAAAGUUAAUAAGGAAGGUCCACUGAAAAAAGAUAUAUGGCGAGCGCCGGGAAAUCAAGCUCAAGUUCGGAAACUGUCGCACAUAAUGCAGCACGGACGACUGGUCAACAUAUCGCAUAUCAGUGUGUAUACGGCUGCAAGUGUUAUAAAAAAGUUUUUAUCUAAACUGCCAGGUGGCGUGUUUGGCGCUGAAAACGAGCAACUUUUAUUUAGCAUGAUGCAGCAACCAGACUCAGAACAACAACGCCAAAUUUUUUGUCGUGCUAUUUCAUCACUUUCAAUUCCUUCUCAACAUUUAUUGGUGCUUCUCUUUGGAACGUUCCGAAUCAUAGCUGACUCUGCUGAAACGUUUAAUACGCGCAUGAGCUCUGACGCAAUUGGAAUUAGUGUAGCACCUUCACUGUUUCAUACCUGCAUACAUGAUGGCCAACGGGUAGAUUUUUAAUGCUUUAUCAAAAAUGUGUUUAUUUAUUGUGUUUAAAAUACCAGUUUUAAUUAUAUGUAAUUUAUAACUAUUUUAGGCAAAAUUGGAAGAUGUAAUGCGCUUUAAGUUAGCUUCCCAAGUGAUCUCAGUAAUAAUAAAAUCAUUUGGUUUUACUAAUUUGUUCCCUCGUGAAUGUUACGAAUUCUAUGCUAGAAUUACAGGCAGAACAUUGCAUGUUGGUGAUGACUGGAAUUUUACAUUCCAGUACCCAUCAAGUAAGUUGUUUUUUGUAAAUAAUAAAAUAGGUAUACAAAAUAGUCUUUGUAAUUUAAAUGGAAUAUGAGUUUAAAUGAAUCAAAUUAAAGCUUGGGCACCAUAAUAUAUCAUAUUAUGAAAAAAAAUAUUUUUUACUUUUGCAUUUGAAAACACAUUUUUAUAUAUUGAGACUUUAAAAUAUUGAUUUUUUUAUUUGUAAGUAGGUUUUUGCUGUUGGGUCCUGGAUGUAUUUGUAAUUGUAUAUUGUUUUGUUACCAAUUUGGACUUUAUUUAGCGUGAUAUUUAGUUAACAAGGAAAGUAUCCGACCUGCCCCGCUCUGAUUGACUGCAAACUUUUUAUAAAAAAAGAUCAAAGAUCUGCAGCUAACUACUAAAUCGCGCUUUUCAUGAAAUAUCGAUGGAGAUCAAAAAAUUACGUUUUGAAUUUUCCGCCAAAUUGGCAUUGUGUUUCAAGCUGAUAACAGAAUCUUUUUGAUAUAUUAAUAGAAUACCUUUAAAUAAACCUACAUUUUUUAAUUUGUAAACGUAGCUUGUCUGGACAGUUGAAAAAUUGCUUGAAACACAAUGCCAAAUUUGCUAAAUUGGCGAGAUACUCAAAUAAUUCAAAUUUUAAACUCAAAAGCGCGAUCUUAAAUUUUUUAUGGGUACUAUUGGUGGUACAAAGAAUUCGUAUAAAAAUUUUGAGCUGCUUCUGAACAGGGCAGAUAGGGUACUUUACCUGUAAGACUUUUUAAAGCAUGUACAAAAUUGGUUUAUUUUUUUGCGUAGUAUGUAGGUGUUUGUGUAAUAUUUAUAAUUCAAUUGUAGUUUUGUAGUUCUUAAUGUAUAUGUUUGCUUAAUUUGUGGUAUGGUUGUUGAUUUUUAGAUAGAACUAAUCCAACGACUCUGUCAACUAUGUUAUCUUCAAUAUCCGCCGCUGUAACAUCACGCUCAUAUUCUCUAGACACCUUAGAUCAUGAGCUAAUGACAACGAAGUUGGCUAGUACUUCAUUAAAAUCUACAAUACAACGUGGAGGUUCAUUAAAAACGACAGACAUAUUGAUAAACAAAGGUGUCGGAAACAACUACAACCCCUGGAAAAGUCACUCGUUUAAUACGGUAGCGUUACAUAGUAAAAUAAACCAGCCAAAAAGUUCUUUUUCAAGCCAGUUGGUAGAAAAAGACUUACGGCAGCCGUUGUCUCAAUGUAUGAACAAACCUUCAUGGCUGAAACAAAACCCUUCAAACAGCUCAACAACAAAACAAUUUGUACAACGACAACAAAGUAGUGGUUUGGUAUACGCAAAACGUGUUUUAGUUUCGGAAUCUCCACCCCAUGGACCACCCCCAAUACCCCCAGUACAAACGCAGUCGCAAAAAGGACAAUUAUCAGAAUCUGAAUUAAACAACUCAAACUCAUGCGAUUUUUAGCUUUAUAUAUAUUUUUUACUUCAUACACCAGUUUAUCUAUUUAGAAAUUAAAAAUUUGUGUGUUUGUUUUUUAUUUCUUAUUGAGAACUGUUGUAAUUAUAAUACAAUUUUAAUUUAUUACCUUAUUCACUGUUCAUGUGGUUUGCUUUAAAAUUGCUUUUUACUAGUUUUUGUAUGUUUCUACUGUUUAUUGUUUUGAUACUUUCUUUUUGGUUUAUUUGCAAAACUAAAAAAUGUUUUAAUUAUGUACCAUUUUUAAAAUAUAAAAUUAAAAUUUAAUUUGUAUAACAUCGCGUAAAAAUUAAUUUUUUUAAAUUACAAAAAAUCAACUUUUAUCAAUAAUUUUUUUACCAAAAGUAUAUUUAGGAACGUUCAGUCAACCAGAGAUUUAUCCGUCCCGCGAAGAUGAAAAAGAUGAUGAAGAAGAAGAAACAGACGAUCAACCUGGUCCAUCAGGACUUCAGAAAGCUACUGCACGAGAGCACCACACUGAUCCGGCAAUAACAGAAGCUGAAGUCACCGAUGUUGAAGAAGAAGACUUAUAUUCCGAAUGUUUACCGGCUUAUCAAAGUAUUCUGCAUUCAGCAAGAGGACGAGCUUCGUCUUCUGGAGGUAAAGUUGAGCUGAGCAUUAUUUUAAAAUUUUAAUUGUUAAUGAUUAAACAAAGAUACAAAAUUUAGGUCAACGAUGGAGUAAACAAGAACUUGGUUCAUUUGCGGAUCUAAAAGAACAACAACGGCUUUCAUAUUCUAUGGGUGAAGUAAUGCUUAGUCGACCUGACGAUGAGUAUGAAAUUGAGAGACGAAGGCUCUGUUUAACCACACUGCGGAGUGGCAAUGAUUCAGUAGAAAGUACUCGAUCCUUGACUUACCUUGAAUGGGUUCACGAAAAACAAACUAAACGUAUGCGAACGCGCUCAGAAUGGUUUUUGUCGCCUGUAAUGCCACAAAAAAACAACGGCAACUCAAAGUCAGUAGAGUUUAAGGCUAAUAAAUACAUUGUGGAAACGACUAUGACUAGAGACAUAUCGCCAAUGACUUUGAAAAUACCAGAAAUAGAAAUGAACCGACAAAGUUCAAAUGAAGAAAUGCGUACUGUCUCGUCAUUAACUUCAAGUCAAUCACCGAGUUCAAGCGUAGAGCAGCAACAGCCUUCCCCAAUGCCUAUAGAUUCUGGAACGGAAGAACAAUCAGAGAAAGAUGACACUGUUGUCCCAUUAAACAUUUCCUCUACUGGGGAAACAACACCACGUUUACCUUUUCAAAUGAUUCAACAUCAAAGCGGGGAUGAUGACGAUACACCCAUCGUAGCAACGCCACCAGCCCGGCAACACCCUCCUAUGUUUUUUGCUGGAGAACUAGAAACUGGUUUAAAAAUUAAGCCACAACAUUCAAGUUCGUCUUCGUCGUCGAAUCACUCACAGACUAGUGUUGUACACAGCAGUCCAACGCCUAAACGAAGCGGACUUAACCGAGUGAGCUCAAUGGGUGUUGUGCGACGAAAAUCAUGGCGUAAACAUUAUGUUCGACCAAAUAAGAGCCUGGACCAGGAAGGUUCACCCAAGGAAGUGAGUGAAAAUCGUGUUAAAAAUUUAUGAUUUUUUUAGCCUGAGCCAGGGCGAACAUCGCAGUCAACCCCAAUACGUUAUCCAUCUUCUAAUUCAGUUCGCCGCCCUUCAGAUCCAGAACAGGCUGAAACAUCUGUUUUAACCAGACGCAAAUCAUCAGGUUCUAAUUCUAAGGCAAAGGCUCCGAUUCAAACAAGAAAGUCAACGCAUCUUUAA